CCACAAUCUUCAAGUUCAAGAGAUUGUUCCGUCAAUACCCUCUCGCUUCCCCUAUUAAUCCUUCUCACUGCCUUUCCUUCAUAAUUAUUCAUCGUGGUAUUGAGACCCUUCCUUCAUCACCUCUGUAUACACCGCUCUUUCCACUGCGCAGGACGGCUGCACGUCCCUGAUUGUUCCCGCCGCCGCCCUUAUCCCUAUUUCUGGGGUUUCUCUUUUCUUUCCAAGAUUCUUACUAACAGUAUUUACACACAUAUCUAAACUAUGGUUCGACCUCUGCGCCGCUCGAGUCCCAUAACCUUACUAUUAGCCCUAGUGCUUUUCCUCGGCUUUAUAAUUUUUAUCCUUUCACCAUCAAAUCCCGUGCCAUCAAUUCCAAAGAGCAAGAUCGCUUCAUCGUCAUCCACACGAACAUCACCCAACUCGCCUCCCCCGGUUGUCCACUACUACCUUAACAACCUUACUACCUCCUCCGACCCUAUUGGUAGCCGUGAAAAGGUUUUAGUUUUAACCCCCGUGGCUAGGUUUUAUGAUGAGUAUUGGCAAAAUCUUUUGAAGCUUAGCUAUCCUCGCGACUUGAUCGAGCUCGGAUUUAUCGUUCCCAAGACCCGCGAGGGUAACACAGCAUUGGCCAAACUAGAGGAUGCCGUUCGCCGUGUACAAACCGGGUCGAAGAAACACAGAUUUUUGGGGGUGACUAUUAUUCGACAGGAUUUCGAAGCACCGGUGCCCCAGAAUGAGAAAGAGCGGCAUGCGCUUUCUGCCCAAAAGGAACGAAGGGCGGCCAUGUCUCGUGCCAGGAAUUCUUUGCUGUAUACCACCCUGGGAACGGAGACAGCCUGGGUCUUGUGGUUGGACGCAGAUAUUAUUGAAACUCCGCAUACCCUAAUUCAAGACCUUGCAUCACACGAUAAGGCCGUAAUUGUUCCAAAUUGUUAUCAAAGGUACACCGAGAAGGGCAAGGAGAAGAUCCGUCCGUACGAUUUCAACUCGUGGCACGACUCAGAUACUGCCCUUGCAAUGGCUGGGAAAAUGGGUCCGGAAGAGAUUAUUCUUGAAGGAUAUCAUGAAAUGGCAACUUACAGGUCCCUAAUGGCGUACGAAAUGGCGGAGGGUGGAGAUCCACACCAGGAGACCGAGCUCGAUGGUGUCGGCGGAACAGCACUGCUGGUCAAGGCGGAGGUACACCGUGAUGGUGCUAUGUUCCCUCCAUUCCCAUUUUACAAUCUUAUUGAGACCGAAGGCUUUGCAAAGAUGGCAAGAAGGCUCGGUCACCAACCUUAUGGAUUACCAAAUUACCUGGUUUACCAUUAUAAUGAAUAAUUGGCGUAAUUGACCGCAUUUUCUUCUUCCCUUCCGAUUCGUGGACAUCAAUGUGCUACUCGACCGGUCCCUGUGCGCAUGUCCUCAGGUUCAUUCUCUCUCUUUUUUCCUUACUCUUGCUCCAUAUCCCCCAAGAAUUCAUGCUCAUCGACUUCAAUAGACAAUUGACAUGUUUUUUUCUUGGAAUCCUUUUUCCUAUCCCGUUACGGUGUCUGUUUUUAGUUCAUGUAUGACGUCCUGUGUGAAUAGUGUUUUUUUCCCUUUGCUUUGUUGCUUUUUUGUUUUUUUGCUUCAAAAGGGAGGGGUAGACGGGUCGUUCUCGGAAGAAAAACAUGGAGUUACGUCUUUACCACACAUUCAAUUCUGUGUGCUUUAGCUUGUCAAUUCUGCUUAGUGGUUCUAUAAUUGUGUAUCUGAUCACCAUCUAAUAUCCUGUAGAGCUACCCUUUCAGGAGAGGCCUAGGUAGCAAAUACUAGUACUCGAGUAUCCAGAAUGCCGGCCCCAUCAAUGAGGUGGUAUCUCCAGGGUGGUAAGAGCCAUGCCUAUAGAGUAAGAUCAGAGGCGAUACUGGAUGUUGGUAGCUGUGAUACUUGUAGUAAGGUCUAAAUUUAUAGAAAGCUUAUUGCACCCACCGCCUAGUCAAACUAUACCACAACCGGUCAAGCCCUUGCCGUUAGUUCAAAGAGGU